UCGUACUCUACUUCCAUAUUCCAAGGACCCGCACAAGUUAAAGCGUUACAGAGGCACUUUUGCUUACCUAGGCUAUUAGGUACGCAGUGGGCACAUCCGCAGCCUAGUUCAAGUUCCGUAUCAAUAGCCUUUCCUCCCUUACGGAUAGUCUACGAGCUUCAAGUUCUAAGUGACUUAUCGCGACAACGAAUUGAUUCUCACCAUGGCUGCACCUUUCAUCCGCCCCUACGACUCCACCCGAGAUUGGAACAACGGGCUCCACAUCUUCUUCGCCACAAUCGACAUGGGCGUAAACUGGGAGCCUGCCCGAACAAUCGGCUCCUACCUUUGGUACAAAGCCUACGUCUCGCUCACGCCCAGUACGUGCUUCAUUCUCGACGACGGCGCCGGCUGUGCCGUAGGAUACAUCAUCGGGACGCCCGACACAGCCUCCUUUUCACAGCGCUGGCGCUCAGUCUUCACGCCAAUCGUGGAUCCAAAACUCGUUCCCAAACCGGAGUUGCAAACCAACGACGCGCUGAUGGAGCGCGAGGACGUCAAAGGGUUUAGGCGAGCCGUGUAUGAGGGUGAGUGUAGUAUGAUCCAGGGGAAGCCGGAGGUGUUGGGGAGGUUUCCGGCGCAUUUUCACGUUGAUAUCUUGCCGGAGUGGCAGGGUAGGGGGUGGGGUGGGUUGAUGGUGGAUAGAUUUUGCCAGCAUGUUAAGGGGACGGGUGUUAAUGGCGUACAUUUAGGGAUGGUGAGGACGAAUGACGGAGCGAGAAGAUUCUAUGGGCGAUUGGGAUUCCAGCUGUGCGAUGAGGUGUUGGAUGGGGGUGCGAGUGGAGAGCGUGGCAGACAUGGAGAUGCGAUUUGUUUGGUCAAAAGCAUAUGAGUUUUAAGAAGUGUUGGCGAAACGACGACCGGUUCCGUAUCGAGUUUUCUGGUCUUGAUCUAUCCAAGGGGUGGAGCUUGUACUACGAUGAUGGCGGUUUGCGAUGUAGCUCUGAGGUGCGACACUGCGUUUCCAUGGGUUAGCAACUGCGACGUUCAACCACACUGUGUCCAGC